GGGGGCGCUUCCCGCUUGUCCCCACAGGGCUCCUGGGGCGUCCCCACUCCCGCGAGACAGCCGGCUCGGCAGAUUGGCGGGUGGGAGUGAGGAGGGCUGUGGGAGGUCAGAGCUUGGCCCCGAUGGCCCAGAACCUGGAGGUCCCUGUCUCCGUGCGGGCCAAGGAGGAGCAGGACAAGAAGGCCUGGAGCCUGCAGGGCAGAGUCAGAGUCUGGGAGGAAACAGAGCAAAAGGCUAAGAAGCUCAAGAGCGACGAGGAUGAGGGACAGAGCAGAAAGCUGCCCAAGCGGAAGGUGGUGCUGCUCCUGGCCUACUCAGGGAAGGGCUACCACGGCAUGCAGAGGAACGUCAGGUCCUCACGGUUCAGGACGAUCGAGGACGACCUAGUGUCUGCCCUUGUUCAGUCGGGCUGCAUUCCUGAGAGCCACGGUGAGGACAUGAAGAAGAUGUCAUUCCAGCGCUGCGCACGGACAGACAAGGGUGUGUCUGCCGUGGGCCAGGUAGUGUCCCUGAAGGUGUGGCUGAUCGAGGACAUUCUAGAGAAGAUCAACAACCACCUCCCAUCUCACAUUCGGAUUCUGGGCCUGAAACGAGUCACGGGUGGCUUCAACUCCAAGAACAGGUGCGACGCCAGGACCUACUGCUACAUGCUGCCCACCUUCGCCUUUGCCCACAAGGACCGGGACAUGCAGGACGAGAGCUUCAGGCUGAGUGCUGAGACGCUGCAGCGGGUUAACGAGCUGCUCGCCUGCUUCCGGGGCACGCACAACUUCCACAACUUCACGUCACAGAAGGGGCCGCAGGAGCCUAGCGCGCGCCGCUACAUCUUAGAGAUGCGCUGCGGGGAGCCCUUUGUGCGAGACGGCCUGGAGUUCGCCGUCAUCACGGUGAAGGGCCAGAGCUUCAUGACCCACCAGAUCCGCAAGAUGGUGGGCCUGGUGGUGGCCAUCAUGAGAGGCCACGCCCCUGAGAGCCUGCUGGAGCACAGCUGGGGCCCCACCAAGGUGGACGUGCCCAAGGCGCCGGGGCUUGGGCUGGUGCUGGAGCGUGUACACUUUGACAGGUACAACCAGCGCUUUGGGGGUGAUGGGCUGCACGAGCCGCUGGACUGGGUGGCAGAGGAGGGCGCCAUCGCUGCCUUCAAGGAGUGCCACAUCUUCCCCAGCAUCAUAGACACCGAGCGGCGGGAGCGCUCCAUGGCACAGUGGCUGAGCACGCUGCCUGCACACAACUUCAGUGCCUCAGCCCUCGCCGUGGCCGAUGGGGACACCAAGGCUCCCAGCCCCCUGGGGGGCAGCGAGGAGGGUGAAGGAGACACUGACUGAGAGGCUGUGGGGGCCACGGGGUGCUGCCCACCAGGACCAGGACGCGUGGAUACCAGGCCCUGACAGUGGGUGCGAGAAGAUGGGGGCCCCAUGGCCAUGUUUGUCACCUUGCCGUGUGGAUGGCAGCUCUGAUACCUCAGGAUCCCAACGCUCGGCACCACUCUUAGUCCCAGCCGUAGACUCACCACCUUGACUCUGCAGCUCCCGCGCUGAGUACGCACCUCCUCACGCAGAGUCCCUAUUUUUCUAGGGAAGUGAUUUUCUUAUUAAACAAGUAUGAGUUUUAUUUACACGA